GAGAAAAGCAAUUUACUGUGUUCCUGUUCCAGGGAGAAGUAUCACCCGGGAAGACAAUAGAAGAGGAAAAAGAACUGGACAAUGCUCAGGUUUGCUGUCACCCUCUUUGCUGUCAUAACGUCGUCCACCUGCCAAAAAUACGGAUGCCUGGAAGGGGACACCCAAAAACUGAAGCCAAGUCCUGAGUCAGAUAUGCAGGAGUGCACUCUGUACUCUAAAUCUUCGUGUUGCUAUGCAGACUUCACAGAGCAGUUGGCUCAUUCCCCGGUAAUUAAAGUAAGCAGCAGCUACUGGAACAGAUGUGGGCAGCUCAGUAAAUCCUGUGAAGAUUUCACGAAGAAAAUCGAGUGCUUCUACCGGUGUUCUCCACACGCUGCUCGCUGGAUCCAUCCCAAUGACACCGCUGCUAUUCAGGCUGUUCCACUGUGCCAAAGCUUUUGUGAUGACUGGUACGAAGCCUGCAAAGAUGACUCCAUAUGUGUUCGUAACUGGCUGACGGACUGGGAAUGGGAUGAAAGUGGAGAAAACCACUGUAAGAAUAAAUGUAUUCCAUACAGUGAGAUGUAUGCAAAUGGGACUGACAUGUGCCAGAAUAUGUGGGGGGAGUCAUUCAAGGUGAGCAAAUCCUCCUGCCUCUGCUUGCAAAUGAACAAGAAGGACACGAUUGCAAUCAAGUAUCUCCUCUCCAAGAGCUCCGAGGAAAGCUCCAGCAGCAGCAGCAGCAGCAGCAGCAGCGAGGAGCAUGCCUGCCAAAAAAAACUCCUGAAGUUUGAGAAACCAGAGGAAGAGGAAGGUGAACAGACGAGAUAAAUGCUGGUGGAUGUAUGUCAGGACAAGAGAAAUCAUCAUGGAGGCUGGGCUCAGGGCAUCAUGCCAGCCUGCUUUAUUCCUUGCUUCCUAGAACAUAAUAAAUCAAUGGCUGGUUGUAUUAA